UCGCGACUCACAUGCUGCAUGCACAUGCAGCGGGACUCGAACGAAACAUUCCAAUGUCAAAUCAGUCCAACUGCCUCGCCUCCUUUCACGCUAACCAUCCACCAAUGAAAACGUGAGAGAGAAUAAAGCGAGAGGCUGGGAAGUGAAAAGGUUGAUGUUAUUCGCUGGAGGAGCGUGACAGAAAGAGACUGAGAGCCUGAGAGGGUGUGUGCAAGUGUGUAAUCCUUGGCAUACAAAAACAAAAACAACUGAGGUUGAAAGGACAAGGGCAGUGAGAAAGAGAAAAAAAUCGAGGACAUAGGCAGUCACAUUUUUAAAGCACCUGAAAACGUGCUGCUACAGUGUGAGCACCUAUUAAUGGGCGUGCGUCUCUUAAACUACUUCCACAUAGUGUUGUGACUUCACUAGCACCUGUGCUGAAAUUCUUUGGAUUGUCUUUCUCCCCCACCAGAUCCUACCUCUACUGUACCUCACACAUCCUGUUCAGGACAACUCAGCCAAGUUAGACAUCAGACGAAGCAGGCUAAGAACGUUCUGUCGUUUCCCCCUCAUCUGUGGGGCACUGACAAUUACUUCUGCCUGUCGGCAAUUUUCUCCAAUUUGAGCACAGUUGCUCUUAAGCUAUUUUUUAUUCUUGAAGGGUUGACACGACCCCUAUGUUACGGCGUUUAUUGGUUAUAUCCUGCCUUCUCUGGAAACGCGGGUAGACAUUACGCUUUCAUCUAACCUGACGCCAGCUUUUAUUGAUGCAGAGGGACAACUAAUACAGGGUCACUUUUCCUCAUUCUCAACCAAGUCAAGGAAGCAUCGCUACAAUGGAUAACAGUCCAGGUGGAAGUGUCAUCUUAUAUGCUGGGUCAACAGGCAGUGCCAGCCCCAGUCCUGGCAGCCCCGGCAGCCCCUCCAGUGGGUACCAGACGCAGUCGCCUUCCUCCCAUUCCCAGCCCUCCUCCCCUGAAGAAGUUUCCUUCACUGAGAUCGGGGCCCUGAAGCAAAGAGCUGGCACUGGCAGUGGUUGCAUUAGCAAUGGCUCCAAUGCCAGCAGUGCCACCAACAAUGACAGCUCAGGAGUGGGCACCCCUACCUCAGCCAGACUGGUCUUUCAGUUCCCGGAGGUCAGCAGCGCCUCCGUUGCCACGGCGGUGACCCCUACUAUGACCUCUGGAGGUCAGCAGUCCUACUCUCACCCCAUGGUGGCUAAGAGACCGUAUGGCUUCACUGGGACUUUUACAAAGACAGGAGGGAUGGUUCUUCUGUGUAAAGUAUGUGGCGACAUUGCAUCAGGAUUUCACUACGGUGUCCAUGCAUGUGAAGGCUGUAAGGGUUUCUUCCGCCGGAGCAUCCAGCAGAACAUCCACUACAAGAUGUGCGUGAAGAAUGAGAACUGUCUGAUCAUGCGCAUGAACCGCAACCGCUGCCAGCACUGCCGCUUCAAGAAGUGCCUGUCUGUGGGCAUGUCCAGAGAUGCUGUGCGCUUUGGGCGUAUUCCUAAACGGGAGAAACAGAGGCUGCUGGACGAGAUGCAGAGCUACAUGAACAGUCUCAAUGAGUCGGCCUCCAUGGAGAUCGACGGCUCCCCUCCCCCCGAGACCCCGGCCAGUCCUGACCAGAGCCAAUCCGAAGAAGCAAUCGGGUCUAUCUCACAGACGUACUGCAACAUCUAUGUGAAAAGUGAGGAGCAAGAUGUCAAGCCCGUCAUCAAUAACAACAACAACAACAACAACAACAUGAACAACAAUGUCAGCCCUGCCAGGUUCCACGGCAACGGUGCGUCGCAGGACAGCAACCACCCGCAGUCCCACUCCCAUGAUGCCCCGCAUCAGAGUUACCACCGCCAGCCCACGUCUGCGUACCACCCCAGCCCCGCCCGCUGCCCUGUCACUCACCGGGAGAACGCCACGCUCGACAACAGUCACUACACACACCCGGCCUCAUCCAAUCAGAGUCAACAUUGCCCUGCCUCUCAGAACUACCAGGCCAAUCAAAACAGCCACUCCAUCAACGAAACACAGGCACCCACCUCUUGUCCUUUCAGGUUGGGUGGAGGAACCAAAGUGCUGGCGUGUCCCCUGAAUGCGAGCCCAGUGACCCCCGCGGGGCGCUCUAGCCAGCAGGUGUGGGAGGCUUUCUCCCAGUGCUUUACCCCAGCGGUCAAAGAGGUGGUGGAAUUUGCCAAGAGCAUCCCCAGCUUCCAGGCUCUCAGCCAGCAUGACCAGGUCAUGCUGCUCAAAGCAGGCACUUUCCAGGUUCUGAUGGUAAGGUUCUGCUCACUGUUCAACGCUAAGGAGCGCACCGUGACGUUCCUGAACGGGCAGACAUACCCACUGGUCACUCUGCGGGCCCUGGGCAUGGGCUCUCUGCUGGAUGCCAUGUUUGAGUUCAGCGAGAAGCUCUCGUCAAUGGCCCUGGAGCCAGACGAGAUGGCCCUCUUUAUGGCUGUCGUGCUGCUGUCUGCAGACCGGGCAGGCAUAUCAGAUGUGGGAGCGGUCGAGCAACUCCAGGAAGGCCUGAUUGGUGCACUGCGGGCGCUCGUAACCCGUCGUCGCCCUGACGACAGCUCGCUGUUCCCCAAGCUCCUUCUGAGGCUACCGGACCUGCGCACGCUGAACACCCUGCACUCAGACAAGCUGCUGGCCUUCCGCAUAGACUCCUGAACUACUUACUUACUUCCUUAUCUAAACCCCACACCCAACACCUCUUGAGCACAAUGUAGACCCACCCCACACGCAAACACGCAUACACACAAACAAAGUCCUCAGGAAGGACUUGAGUUGGUGACCUGUAAACAGACUUGGUCCAUGCAGGUUGAUGAGUGGUUGUACAUUUGAAUCCACUCAUGGUAUCACUACGACGACUGAACAGACCAGCCCGUUUAAAAGAAAAGAAAAGAAGAAAAAAAAUACAGGAACAGGUGUGUUGGCUGUGGACUUCCUCCAGGUGUUCUACAGAGACUAAGCCUCCACUAGAACCUUAUCACUCCACGUUUGAUGUUCCAAACACUCAAGACUGAAGGACCUUUUCCGUGGGCAACCACCACAUCGAUGGACAUAAAAUGUCCGCUAAAGCUAAGCUACGAGGACUUUGUCAGACUGAGGAGUGGAAAAAAGAAAGACUGUUGUAUCUAUUUUUAUAAAUACAUAACUAGAGAGAGAGCAGAAACUUACCGUGGCCUUUGGCUGUCUUUAUUCCCUUUAGUGUUUCAGUUUAAUGAGACAUUUCUAAGGGGAGAGAGAAGUGGAGGAAUAUGACUAAGGAGAUGAGUGAAGAAUAUUGUUUAUGUGCAAUGCUUUUACUGUCAAAUGUCAUUGAAUGGGCUGAUUAGAAUUGUUACCACUUUUGAGGGGACAUAAGGAUCCUUGGAAAGACAUAGGACAUUCUGCUUUUUGAAGUGCUACAAACGACUGAGUUCUCCAAACAGUUCCGAAAAAUCCGAUGCAGUGUGUUUUUUUAUCAGUCGCUCUCCUCUAUGCUCUGUAGAAACAGAUCUGUUAGUAUGAUUACCCAUCUCCUGUCAUAUAUGCAUACACAACUAGACAUAAUGCAAAACAAUCCUGUAGUAGGCUGGGAGAUUAUCCUACUGAAGACACUCACAAACAUGGUACACAGCCAUCCACAGUCCCUCAGGGGGAAACAACACACUUCUAAUGCAUCAAUGAGCAUCAACAAAAUCCUCCAACUCUACCAAAUCACACUAGCAGUUCAUUCCUCUCCCAGUUUCCAGCCUAUGACAGGCUCUUUUAGAAACAUGUGUUUGUUACUCUGUGUCAUUGCUACAAUUACAAUGAAAAUAAGCUGUUUUAUAUUUGGGCAUACAUGAAAUAUCUCUAUGACAUUUGAAAGAUAUAAAUUGUAUAUGAGUAAAUGCUUUAUAUGAGAAAUGCCAGUGAUCUUUUGUGUGGUGGAAUUUGGGAGCUAUGAGUAAUUUUGUCUAUACCCUAGAGGAGAUAUGUAUAGCCAAUUUUCAGGGGUUACACUGUUGUAUAUAUUGUAUAGUUGUGGAUCUAAAUACCACUCCUGUAGAGAAGAAUUGGUUAACUGCUCUAGUUUGCAGCGCUCGAUAUUAAAGGGCUUCUUAUAUGGAAGAAAAGGGGCUUUGCCUGAGAGAAGGAGGGGUCAUUAUUUCGGGUCGGUCAUCCCUUUAUUGGGAGAAAUGACCACAGUUCUAAAAAUAGCCAGAACCAAAUACGACCUCUCAACUUUCACCUCAGCACCUUGGUUUGUGUCACUGGAGGCCAGUCGAUCUACACGUGAGUCUAAACGAGGCUUCAGGAUUGUUUUUUUGUGAUUUUGAGACUCCUGCUGUUAUUCGAACUGACAGCCUAGCACCCUCCCAAAAAACUCUACCAACCCAUCAUUGUAUAUUUUGUAAAUGUGCUCUGUUAUUCUUCUUCUGUAGAAAUUAUAUUAAAUGAAAAUGAUCCAUCAUA